UCACCCUUCAUCAAAAGACCGACUGAAGGAACCAAGUAAGAACCUUCUUCAACCUUGCCCAUUAAGCAAAAACCAAGAAAGAAAUUCGGUUCGUAACCUCGUCGCAAGCCUAAAGAACGAAUUUAGUCACAAUCCCUCGGAAAGCUCUCUCUAAAUUCCGAGCAAAUGGCGUUGCAAUGGAUGAUUCUGGCGUACGUUGUGGCGGCAGAGGCAGCGGUCGCGAUUAUCGUGACACUGCCGUCGCCGAAAGCAGUAAAAUCUCGUAUUGUGUCACUGGUCUCGCUCAUUCUGCAGCCCUCACUUUUUAUCAUACCCUUCUCCGCUUUUCAGCUUCUGGAUAUAUAUUGGAAGAAUGAGCAUCGAUUAAUGUGUUCUGGGGAGACCUGCACUGCUGCUGAAAGGGAUCGACAUGAGAAAUCGAUCUACAAGGCUCAAAGGAACGCCGUCUUAUGUGUUUCUGCAUGCCUUCUUUAUUGGUGCAUCUACCGCAUCUGCAAGUAUCAUCGGGAUAUCCAGAGCAUGGAAGAAGUCGAGAAGAGAUACAAAGAAGAGUAGCUUUCUCAUCUAUUAUGUUUUUCCAGACUUCCUGUACGUGAGGCUAGUAACAACUAUGUGGAAGAGUUGAAUAAUGGUAGUCUUGCUGAUACAACGUCGGAUGUACUUAUGACUAGUGGUGCUGUUUCCUAUAUGAAUGUAUUUACUUACUGCUUUCAGUUGUCCUGCAUCCUGUUGUCAAAUCUGCAAGUAGAGCGCACUGUUUUCCUUGAAAAAUUAUUCCUCGUGGCUGCAUAGUCUGUAUGUUCCUCUCAUUUUCUUGUCAAACCAAGUUAUUAUUUUGGAGCCACUCUUUACUCG